GUAACCGAUUGGAUUCCAUAAGGAAGAGGUUCGUAAAGUGGUAGUGAGUCUGCUUGGUUCUCCAAGAAAAUAAAGGCAAUGGUGAGGUGAUGGGUGGCCAUGCAGCCACAACUUACUCGGCGGCCAAGAUUUCGGUGUGGUGGGACAUUGACAACUGUCGUGUUCCCAAAGGCCACAACGCCAAUUCCAUCGCUCAGAACAUAACCUCCGCCCUCGUCGGCAUCAACUACGCCGGCCCCCUCUCCAUCUCCGCCUAUGGUGACACCAACCGCAUCCCUCCCCCCGUCCAACACGCCCUCUCCAGCACCGGCGUUUCCCUCAACCACAUCCCCACCGGUGCGAAUGAUGCUAGCGACAUGAAGAUUCUUGUGGACAUGCUGCUAUGGGCCGUAGACAAUCCCGCCCCCGCUAACUACUUGCUCAUAUCCGGCGACACCAACUUCUCCAACGCCCUUCACCAACUCAGUUUGCGAAAGUACAACAUUCUCCUCGCCCACCCGCCGCACGUUUCUCCCUCCCUCGCCGCCGCCGCCAAAGUCGUCUGGCUCUGGACAACCCUCUCCGCCGGCGGCCCGCCCCUCUCCGACUCCACCUCCAACUCCUGUAAACCCCCCACUCCCGCCCCUCUCCUUCAACCUUUUCAAUUCAAACCCAAACCUAAAUACAUUAGAAAAAUUACCACAAUAACCCCAAUCGAGACCAAGAACAAUGAUGCAGAACCACUACCGCCACCACCACAACCGCUAAGAAAGUUCUUUAUCGGAGCACCUCAUGAAUUCUUUACUAGUAAAUGUAACGAACCCGUAAACCUAAUCCCAACCCCGACUAGUUCUAAGGAGAUUAAUCAAAUUUUAAUUCCUCGUCGUGAUUCACACCAAAAAAAGCUAAAUGAAAUUCCUCGUGUUAUGAAUGCUACUACUCAUCAAGAUAAUUCUGAGUACAAUGUGGAGAAUCUAAUUGAUGUUAUUAUGAGAACCCUAAACUUGCUCAAGGUUGAAAUGAUUCUGCCCUCUGAAGCAAAUAUAACUGAUUGCAUUCGUUAUGGGGACCCCAAGUAUCAGACAAUUGAUGUCAGGAUGGUCUUGGAUGCUGCCAUACAGCAAGGUAGGCUAGCCAAACGAGUCUGUGGGCCCAUGCAUUUGUAUCUUGCUAGAAAUGACACGCUCUGGAACUGUGUCAACCAUAUGGGUGGUCAUCCUUGUGAUUUUCCGCAAGAAACAUGGGAUAGAGUCAAGCAGUUCCUCACUUCAUCAUCUGGGAGAUCGUUGAUGUUGACAUCUCGUUGCAGAUUUGAAGCAUCUGUGACUCUAAAGAAAUCAUGUCUUCGAGAGGUUGUAUUAGGGGAUGUGCUUAAAAUUCUAGAGAUGAUGAUCACAGUCAAGAAAUGGAUUAUACAUCAUCAUAGUGGGUGGCAGCCAAUUACCAUUAGGCUUAAGGAGAGUAUAUUAAGUAGCUCAGUUGACAUAGCUAAAUCAUGAACGGUGUCAAGCUGUAUUCUCUCUGCAAUCUCUGUUGCUCACGGUUUUGCGGAGUCUGUUGUCUUAUGCUUUUCAUGAAUCUGAUAAAUGAGGUGCUUGCAUUUGGUCAGUGGUGGGAAAGUAGCAGCCUCUCUUUUGGCAAGUAAGAUCAAAAUGAGGUGCUUUUUGGGAAAAACCCUAAGACACAGACAGCUUUUAAACUUGUACUGAUUGUAAGUAUGCAACCAGUUGGGUCGAAUUAUACUUUUUUUUUGUUGGGGUAGACAGACAUAGAGUUUGUCUUAGAUUUGUGUAGAAUUGAUUUUGAAAGAAUUGAGAAUGAAAAAAUUGAUUUCCUUUUGGGACAUUA